GUGACGCCACGGGAAGGGGCGCUCAGGGCCGCGCCAUGGCCCGAAAAGUGGUUGGGAGGCCGCCGGAGGAAACACUGUCGCUCUGGAAACGGGAGCAAGCCCUGUUGAAGACACUUGUCGUGGACCGGGACACGGAGGCGUGGCAGCGGGACCCCGCUUUUUCGGGUCUGCAGAGGGUCGGGGGCGUGGAUGUGUCCUUUGUGAAGGGCGACAGUGUCAGCGCCUGCGCCUCCCUGGUGGUGCUCAGCUACCCUGAGCUCGAGGCUUCCUGGCCUUCCGAGAAGUGCCCUUCCUGGUGGACGCGGUGCAGCAGCUGCGGGAGAAGGAGCCCCGCCUCAUGCCCCAGGUCCUUUUUGUGGAUGGAAAUGGGGUGCUCCACCACCGAGGUAAUCCUGCUCCCAAGACUGCCCGAGAGGGCUGUAAGAGCGAGGGACCAGGAGGGGUGCAGUCCGCCUGCACCAGGCCCCAGGCCCUCUGCCACCAGCCUGGCCUUGCAGCUCCUUCUGGCCUUGCUUUCCUUGUCAAGACCCCCUAGCUUUGGGGUAGCCUGCCACCUUGGUGUCCUCACAGACCUGCCCUGCAUCGGGGUGGCCAAGAAACUCCUGCAGGUGGAUGGGCUGGAGAACAACGCUCUGCACAAGGAGAAGAUACGGCUCCUGAAGGCUGGAGGAGACUCAUUUCCUCUGAUGGGAGGCUCCGGGACCGUCCUGGGCAUGGCCCUGAAGAGCCACGACCACAGCACCAAACCCCUCUAUGUCUCUGUGGGCCACAAGAUGAGCCUGGAGGCAGCCGUGCGCCUGACCCAUGGCUGCUGCAAGUUUCGGAUCCCGGAGCCCGUGCGCCAGGCUGACAUCCGCUCCCGAGACUACAUUCGCAGGACCCUGGGAGUCCAAGGGGCCCCUGCCUUGCAGCCGGAAAGGAGCAAGAAGGCACAGAGGCCAAAGGCGUGCCCCCAGGGAGUCUCAGAAGAGCCCGCAGGAUCCAGUGACCAAGUGCGACUCCAUCCACCAGGGAGGGGCAGGGCACCCACCACAGUGAGGACCCACAUUGCUGCACUUGGCGUCCUCAUUCGGAACUUCCCAGCCCAGCUGGGCCUCAGGACUUCUUGCUUCCUGCAGGAGGGUCACCUUGAUCCUGGGUCUCCCUUCCCUCAGCCUUGCAUCUUUGGGCUCACUUUUCCAUCUUGUGGCAAAACAAGCAAGCGUGGGCACUGCCCCGGCUCCUUCUCAGAUCCAUGCCAUCCCGGGCCAGAUAAGGGGCUUACCAGGACAACUGGCAAACAGCACUUCAUUUCUCCAAUCCCCAGUUCCUCCUCUGUAAAACGGAGCUAAUGACGCCGACCUCAGCCCUGCAAACAAGAUAAAGCCCACUGAGCACACAUUUGCUUCCUUCCCCUCUGAGAGCCUCAGUUUUCCCAUCUGUAAAAUGAAGCCCUCUCUCAGGCUGUAGACCCAACUCCUGCAGAGCAGGCUGGAUGCCUCUGCCAGCUGGAGGGCGCAUCAUGGGCAAGGGGCAGGGGCUGCCCUCCUCUCCUACUAUUUACAGAUUCAAGAUCCCACUGGCCUGGCAUCAUCAGUUGUAACCAGUGUCCCUCCCUCCCUCCACCUGAGCGGACACUGCCUGGCAGAAGGAUCCCUGACAAGGAGGGCCCUCAGGGGUUGCCCUCAGUAAGCCUCAGUGGAAAGGGCAAUGCCAGGCGGGCCAUGCCAGGAAUGCUCGGCCACUUGGCGAUCACAGUAGGGUACGGCCUUCCCCUGGUUCCGGCUCUCCUCCUUGCCACUGCGUUCCAUGGGGCCACAGAUGCCCUGGCUGCGGGGGCUGAGGCAGACCAGAUGUCCAUUCCAGGCCACCAUGCCCCAUGCCAGAAGGACAGUGCAGCAUGGCCCCGUGCUGACACAGCCCUGGAACCGUAGACUUUGGAGCUGAGAGGGAGGCAGGAGCAGGAGGGCGGGUGGAGAGGAGCCAGGUGGCUCCUCUCCUGAAGGAAACGCCUUUGAGCCACAGCCCGGCCCAGGAGCAUCUGGCUGCCGGGGUGGCCUGUGCCCUGCUCCCCACAAGGCUGGCGGCAUAUGGCUGCCCUGGCUCACCCAAGCCACACACCAUGCAAAGAGCUCCUCUCCCAGUGCCCACACCCACAGGGAAGCCAGUUGUCUGGACACUUGGAUGCAAUUCUGGGCAGCCCUGGAUGCUUGUCUGGCUUCCCGCUUGAGCAGCAGCAUUGGGCCCUGGGAAGAGCACAGCCUUCUCAGCCACAAAGAGCUGGAUCCCAGGAAUCGCAUCAGCACAGAGCAGACAACCAGUGAUUGUCGUCCACAGUGCACACUUCACGCCAGAAGGGCCUCCAGGGACCACCGGGAGGAAUUCCAGAGGCCCCACUCUGGACGCUGAGCCCACCCUCCUUACGCUGUGCCUCACACGCCCGGCCUCAGCACUGCCCUCCGCAUGGUGGUAAUCACUCUCCUCUGUCCCACCAGACUGAGAGCCUUGAGGGCAGCACCAGACUUUCUCACCCAGUUCACCGAGCAGAGUGCCAGGCACGUGGGAGGGGCUGCCGGCACCAGCCAGCGACAUCUGGAGCCCAGAGGAUUCUGAGCUGAGGAUGACGGUGUUUGGAGGAUAGGGCUCCCUGAGACGCCUUGGGCCUCCUGCAGGAAUGGGAGGCUACUCUUUGGGAGUGAGAUAUUGAAAGUAAGGCACUUGGCAUGUGGGCAGUCAUCCAGUCCUGGCCGGUUCUCCUUCCAGAGAGGGUGACCCAAGGGAUUCACCACCCUUCUUGGGAAGGAAAAGAAGACCCCUCUUCCACCUGCUCAGUCUACAACACUUACUGAGUACCUGCUCUGGUCUAACAAGACAAACUCUUGGCCAUGGAGCUUUCAGACGACAUAUAAGUACAUUAUCAACUCUGUUGGAUGGUGAUAAGACCUACGGAGAAAACUCAGGGCAGGGAGUUUGGGGAAUAUGGGGUGUAACUUUAAGCAGGUGGGUCACCUCACUGAAGAGGCGAGCAUCC